UACAGCGAUGCAGAUACUCUUAAUUACUAGUCUGCUGGUCGGCACCACUCUGGCCGUCGGCAAAGUUGGUAAUGGUGGCGGUUUCGGUGGUGCGGGUGGCUUUGGUGGAGGCAUUGACGGUGGUGGAAUCAGCGGAGGGGGCGGCGGUGGAUCCGGAAGUGGCCAGGUUGUGAUUGUUGCUGGCGGCGGCGGAGGAGGAGGAUAUCGUUACGGAGGAGGACUCGGCGCUGGCGGUUUGGGAUCCAGUUCCGUCACCGGCGGAUGGGGCGCGCCUGGAACCUGGGGAAGACGACCUGGAAGCUUCACUGGAGGAUGGGGCGGACUCACUGGUGGCAGCUGGAGAACAACCGGGGGCGGACGUGGACCAACACCAGGUGGAACCGGAGGAGUGUUCGUCGGUGCUGGUGCUGGUCCAAGCUAUGGAUAUGGGUUCGGUGGUGUUUUCGGACGAAGCAGCGGAAGUCCUGUAGGUGGUCCCAUAAGCACCUUCCAAGGCGGCCAAGUUUCCGGUGGACCUAGUGGACCCGUGUCUGGAUUUCCAGGAUUUGGAGGACCUGGUACCGGCGGUGUAAGCGGCAGCUUUAGAAGCACCUUUGGAGGCGGUCCCGCUAUCAUGCCAGGCGGACCAACUGGAUUCACAUCCGGUGGCCCCGUUAACGGUGGUCCAGGCGGACCCGUGUCUGGAUUUCCAGGAUUUGGAGGACCUGGUACCGGCGGUGUAAGCGGCAGCUUUAGAAGUACCUUUGGAGGCGGUCCCGUUAUCAUGCCAGGCGGACCAACUGGACUCACAUCCGGUGGCCCCGUUUACGGUGGCCCAGGCGGACCCGUGUCUGGAUUUCCGGGAUUCGGAGGACCUGGUAUCAGCGGUGUAAGCGGCAGCGUCGGUGGCUCAUUCAGAAGUGGUCCCGUUAUCAUGCCAGGCGGACCAAGUGGAUUCACAUCCGGUGGCCCCGUUAACGGUGCCCCAGGCGGACCCGUGUCUGGAUUUCCAGGAUUUGGAGGACCUGGUACCGGCGGAGUAAGCGGCAGCUUUAGAAGCACCUUUGGAGGCGGUCCCGUUAUCCUGCCAGGCGGACCAGGUGGAUUCACAUCCGGUGUCCCCGUUAACGGUGGCCCAGGCGGACCCGUGUCUGGAUUUCCGGGAUUCGGAGGACCUGGUACCGGCGGUGUAAGCGGCAGCGUCAGUGGCUCGUUCAGAAGCGGUCCCGUUAUCAUGCCAGGCGGAACAAGUGGAUUCACAUCCGGUGGCCCCGUUAACGGUGCCCCAGGCGGACCCGUGUCUGGAUUUCCAGGGUUGGGAGGACCUGGUACCGGCGGUGUAAGUGGAAGCAUCACAGGCUCAUUCGGAGGAGGUAUCAGCGGAAACGUUGGCGGUGUCCCAAUCGGAAAAAGAUACUAAUUUCUACCACGAACCAACGGAGCACGGAAGAAUCAGGGGUCGUUCUCGAAUCAUUCCCGACGAUGAUUUGCCAGUGUCUUUUGCAUUCUGUCCCGACGUCAACUGGACCGGUUUUACCGACGAGAUAUAUUAGAUUUUAGUUGCAUUCUAAUUAAUUUGUCCGCUUUAAUACUCCGUUUGUAUGUAUGUAUGUUGUUUGUAUUUUCCAAAUGCCAUGUUGAGAAUUCUUUGUUGGGUUUGUUUGUGUUGAUGUCGGCUUCUUAAGCAUUAAAUAAUUGUCUU